AUGAGCGGAUCACCGACCCCGCCCAUCCACCCUCGCCUCAGCUCCGCCUGCUCCAUUGUCUAUCUGUCUCAGGUGCGCGUGUUUUUUACCUCCGGAAAAUUUUAUCACGCUCAAGGUGAUAUGACGGCUCCGGCCGAGGUUAGAGAAAACGAGGAAAAGUGCGUCGCGAGGCGAAGGUGGCAGAGAGGGUGGCGUUGGGAGAUUUUUCAACGUUUGCACUGAUCGUUGGAGUCGUCAGGUGAAGCCGUGUGUUGAGAAUUUUCCGGAGGUCAGGAAAAACACUUUUUUUUCGUGGGAUGAAGACGCAGAUUUAUGAUAGAAUCACACACUUAUCAUCCUUUGGGUCUGUAGGUCGGUCCUUGAAGCGCAGAGACAAGUAUCAUGAUGAGGCUUUUUCUAAGAGAGUGGACACUUUUGGAGACUUUUAUGUCUUGAAAAACACUCAUUUCUUGGGAUUACGACGUAGAUUCAUGAUAGAAUCACACAUUUAUCACCCUUUGAGUUUUUAGGUCGGUCCUUGGAGCACAGAGACAAGCAUCAUGAUGAGGCUUUUGCAAAGACGACGGACAUUUUUAAAAACUUUGAGGUCUCGAAAAAAACUUUUUGGGGUGAAGACGUAGAUUCAUGAUAUAAUUCACAUCUCUCAUCCUUUUAAACCUUCAAAUCAGAAGCGUAAGCUCGUGAUGAGGUUUUUAGACUGAAAAUUUUGAAAGUCGCGCCGUAGCGCAACAGGCUGUGUGCUUGUCUACGGUUCAAAGGGUCAUAAGUUCGAUCCCCGUCGCGAUCCAGCCAAGAGGUUUGAGAAGUUUUGAUAGCGGAAUCUCCAACAAGGUCGGAUAUGUCACUAGGGUCAAUCCACUGAUUAUCACUGAUAUCAGGAUAGGACCUUGUCUCGACUUGGGACCUCUAAAGCGGUCAGAAGAAGAGGAAGAAUCGUAA